UCUAUCACCUCCUUCCCCCCUUUUUUUUCCUUGUCAUUCUGAUCUAACAAAAUAAAAAAAUUCUUCUGCACAACCAUGGCAACCGAAAUAGAGAAAGACUCAGCAGAAGGAUCAUCACGAUCGGCCAGUGAUCAUCAGCAACAGCAGCAAAAGGCACCACCAUUGAGCCGAUACGAGUCACAGAAGCGCAGAGACUGGAACACCUUUGGGCAGUACUUGAAGAGCCAGAGACCCCCAGUUUCUCUGUCACAGUGCAACUACAACCAUGUAUUACAGUUCCUUUGCUAUCUCGAUCAGUUUGGGAAAACAAAAGUUCACUUACCUGGCUGUGUCUUUUUCGGACAACCAGACCCUCCUGCUCCAUGCACUUGUCCUCUUAGACAAGCUUGGGGAAGCCUCGAUGCUCUGAUUGGACGGCUCAGAGCUGCGUACGACGAGAACAGUGUCGGUGGAUCACUGGAGAGAAACCCUUUUGGCGAUGGAGCUAUUCGUGUUUAUUUACGCGAAGUUAAAGCGUGUCAAGCGAAGGCAAGAGGGAUUUUGUACAAGAAGAAAAAUAAGAAGAUGAAGAAUCAGAUGAUCAAGGCAAACCAUGAUGAAUUCAACUCUUCGAAACAGUCCGGUUAAGGAAAAGUCUUUGGAUCAAAAUG